AUGCAUUCAAUAUGCUCAGAGAACAACGAAUGUGUUUGUAUUGCAAAUUACAUUGCAUUAAAUGAGACAACGUGUGCACCUUUAUUGAAUGAGCUAUGUUCGAACAAUGAAGUAUGCGCAACAUCUAAUGCUGUUUGCAUUGCCAAUAAAUGUCAAUGUAAACGUAAUUAUCUACCUCACUCAUCAUCAUUUGCUUACUUUAUUUUUCUAGAGAGUUUGAAGGGUACCUGCGAUUGUAAUUUAGACUGUAAGGCUAUAAAACACGCAAAAUGUUCAGUAGAUAAAAAAUGCGUUUGCAAAGAAAAUUAUGUUUCAAUUAAUGAAACCAGUUGUGAACCAAUAAAAUAUAAUUUCUGUCCGACGAAUGAACAAUGCUAUGCCCAAACAAAUUAUUGCCAUAAAUAUAACGAUUGUGACGAUUCAGAGCGUAGAUAUUGUUCAGAAAACCAUACAUGUAUCUGUAAACCAACUUACAUAGAAUUGAAUGAAAUUUGUCAACCUAUUAUAGGUGGUUACUGUUCAAAAAAUGAUGAUUGCAUUCCAGAUAAUACUUUUUGUAUUCUUAACGUAUGUUUAUGCAAAUAUAGUUAUAUAGCUCGAUCCAGAGAUGAAUGUAUACCAGUUUCAUUGGGAAUGCCAUGUGAAUCAGAUGCGGAGUGUAAGAUAAUAAAAAACGCAAAAUGUUCGAAUGACAAAGUAUGUGUAUGCAAUGGAAAUUGUAUAUCACUAGAUAAAUUUACGUGUACGGUAAUUAUCAGAGGAUCUUGUUUAAACGAUGAGCAGUGUUUAAUUAAACAUUCGAGUUGUGUCAAUAAUAGAUGUCAAUGCAACCUCGAAUAUUUACCAGCGUCUGAUGGCCAGUGUGUAAAAAGACCAUUCCUAGCCAAUUGCUCUGUACGUUCAGAUUGCAGAGAUGCAUUACACAUGGAUUGCUCAAUUGAUAAGAAAUGUGUCUGUAAGCCAAAUCAUAUCGCAUAUAUUAAUCAAUCUUGUGUACCGUUUUUAGGUGGAUUCUGUUGGCUAGAAGAUCAAUGCGUCAUAGAAAAUUCUGAUUGUAUUGAUAAUAAUUGUAAAUGUAAGUCAGGUUAUGUUCAAGUAUCAAUUAAUUCAUGUGUACAACCCCUGGAUUAA